GUAGAUCUACGAACAGUAGAUCUACUACAUGUUCGUAGUUUGCUGUAGCUUGUAGUCAACGUGAUAGGACUGAAAGUACAAUAGUCAAUACAUUACUACUGCAUGACUUGUUGUAGUAGUAAGUGAAAUCUGCACGUCGAAGGCGCUUGUCAUGUCGGGAGAGUUUUAGAAAGUCAGACCUAGCGGACCAGCUCAUGGGAAGAGCAAAGGUUCCGGCCGGCUUGUAAACCUGUUUCUUGGCGAGCACAAAGUGUUUCUUACUUGCCGUGACGCACUCGCCUGUGUACGGAAUACUAUAGUGUUGCUGUUGGAAUGAUUGUGGAUGCCAUCUGGACUGGGCUGAGCUGACGGAAGUUUGUUUGUCCAUGCAAUCACAGCAAGGAAGUAUAUUUGGACGGUCAGUCUCACCGUCAGACUCGACACGCUAAAAUUUUAGGUAUCGCCGUUCACGUCCGCUCCUGCUCCCUGUGAACAGCUAGUCGAGUCGGAGGCCGGUCCACUGCGUGCUGCGAUGGGUAAUGCACAAACGUCGAGAAAGCUACGCCAGGAUAAGAAAAGCCGCAGCAGCAGUACCUCCAGCAUCCUGGAGCAUGCAAUGGCCUCACCACUCACUGAUGACCACUCUUGUGUCACGCCUGACGAUGGGUGUACAGAAUUGAGGAGUGGAGAUGUGCACUUCCGAGACCGCGGAGAGCAAGACAACAGCCACGCCGUUACUGGACUGAUGUGCUCGUCCUCAUCCGUUGCAUCGCCACCUCGCCCUCGUAUUGCUGUGGAACUCAGACUUCGAUAUUCCGAUGAUCCAGGUACUGUUACACUGGCCAGUGGGCAUGAGUUGGGUUGGAGAACAGUUGAUGGUUUUGUGGAGGUGUUCUGCAAUCAUGAGCAGUCGUCACUGACAACUGCUCAAUCUAGUGCCAGUGUUGUUCAGACUGGUGCUGGAAAUGCACUGGGUCCUGUAGAAACGAGCGGCAGUUGCCCUGGCAGCCAGGUUGCACUGCCAUCCGCUACGGGUGCGCUCAGAGUAGGAGUGCUGCGGCAUGCCAUCUUGCAGCAUGGCUCCAAUCUGUAUGGACUGUGCCCGCUGUGUCGUGCCCGGGGAUGUGCUGACCUUUCUAAAAUAUUGCCAUUAGCACCAGCCACUGUCAACACCAGCACCGCGGCUAAUCCGAGCAAUGCUGACAACAAAGAGUCCGUGGAUACUAAGCCACAUGGACGUCCCUCAGAGCUGGGAGGAACUGAAGACGUGAAAGUUACGCCCGUUGUAGAAUCGCCCCAUCAUCUAGCUCAAUCCAUGGAGAGACGUGACAACGCACAAGUGCCUGCGGAACACCAACCUCAAAUCGCGCAUUUGAAAUCUAGCAGGGAGAUUACUGAUUGCGUUAUUCACCAAACCGAUCGUCAAGGCAUGAGCUGCGACUCGACUUUGCAGUCGCAUGAUGACGCACGGGUGCCAGGAAGAAAUUCAGAGCCCGAAUGCAGUAGAGGAAGUGGCGAGACACAGAAGGCAGCAGAAGACACUGGAAAGCACCUCGCACUCAUGCACUGCCAGCACUGCGGAAAGUCCCUCUUGUGUGAGUUGAGUGUAGACACUUUGGAGAAGGACGACAUGAUGACCACCAGUAUGAAGCUGCACCCCAUCGGCUUUGAAGUUGACCUGAGCGAGUAUGACAUCAUAGAGAAGGCUCUGCCGGAGGUGAAAUCAGCACGGCAGCGCAAACGCGGAGCUUGUCGUCGAUCUGGAGAUCUGGACUAUCAUUCCAGCGAGAUUGGUGGUGGCGUCGCUUGGUUCAAUGAAUCUGAGCCUCUAUGGAGUUGGCAGGAUCCUCACAUUGCUGUGCUGAUGUGUUCGGAUCCACUGACUUAUGAAUACUUGCCAUUCCUUGCAGCAACAAUAGCACACUGAGUGGUUAUGCUGGAGCGGAGGAUCUAGAGUGAAACACAACUAUAGAGUCGUUGACGCCGUGGCCAGUGUCUCAUCAACACGGUGUCAAGAACCACAGCCGGCAAGCUGCUUUGUCUUACAACAUGUGUGUGCGUAUACAGUAAAGGUAGAGACUGAUGAAGAGAGUGCAUAUUUGUGUCCUGAUGCCGCAGGCAGGCACAGUAGGUUGGUCUAAGACCAUGAUUGAGAAACGAGAGGUACCAGGUUCAAGUCCUGCUUGGAAAAUGGGAUUUUGGCCUUUGGACUCUGGUUGGUGGAUCUGAUCUAUCCUCCCCCACCGUUUAGGGGCCGCAUCUGACGCCUGAUCAUGGGGUGGUGGUGUCCCACGGAAGCGGAAAGGUGAUUCUUGACCAGGGAAUUGUACGACUCCUUGUUCUUGACCUGCCCGGUACGUGACCCGUCGAAUUUUUAUUAUUAUUAUUUUUGUGAUGCCACAGUACUGGGCAAGAGGUAGUAUGGAUCACGUACCACCAUGCAGCGCGUGUAUGCAUUACACACACACACACACACACACACACACACACACACACACACACACACACACACACACACACACACACACACACUACUACUACUACUACUACUACUACUACUACUACUACUACUACUACUGACCAAACCACUUUUACGGGCAAAAAAAUACCAUGGUAAGCACACAAGUGAUGGAAAAGAGUGAGUAAGAACGAAAGAGAGAAAGAAAGAGAGAAUGCACUAGUAUGUCAAGAGAAGUAAUCAAUUGUUAAGGUCUUUGAGCUAUUGU